AUGGAGAGACGCAAGAGUCAAGGACAAUCAUCAGAAAGGAGUAAUGGUGAUGGCAACUUCAGAGCAUACAUACCAGCUGGUACGGCAUCCAACAGCUACGAGCCACAAGACAUAGUGUCGCCUAUAUCCCCUCCCCAGCCGCCUCCGCAUCGCGCCGAGGGAAGAUCGUGGGGCAAUGAUCAGGUUAGCUACUCGGAGUCACAACGACCUAGGGCCCUCAGCACCAUCACUCCUGGAGCGGACGACUUCAGCAAUGCUGCUGCCGGUGGUGUGACGGGGAUUGCGCUGACUGUCGCUGACCAGACUGCGAGGGAGAGCGGACUCAACGCACUUGACGGCCCCGCUUACCCACAAGAAUACGACCAACAACCUACUCCAGGGCAAUUUCAAAGCCAACAGAACCCCGGGCCCAAUGCGCGCGACGCAUCGAACUAUUUCCAGGCGCAGAUGCCUUAUGCCAGUCCGUAUGCACAAAACAGCGGGCCCCCUAGCCUACAAAGCAGUUCGCAGGCAUUAAAUGCUGCGCAAUAUGCGCCGGGGGCCGGUACACCUGGGCAGACAAGUCCCUCCAGAAGCCCACAUCAAGGUUCUGGUACGACAGGCAUCUACACAGACGAUCCCUUUCUGAGCUAUGGCCGUCCUCAGCCACCAGGUCUGGGGGUUGUCGAUCCGCUCGCUGCUCUUGAUGAUGAUGACGAUGACGGGCUCAAUUACCACCGCAAGUCGAAAAGGAACAGCAUCCUCAGCCUCGGUAAUGGGAGCAACAAGAGCGCUGGAGCCGUUGCUGGCACCGCUGCGGCUGGCGGCGUCAUUGGCGGUCUAGCCAGCCGUAAUGAGAGCGGUAAUGUCUCUGGCUAUACUCCGAUCAAAAACAAUGUCCAGAUGACCGACACUAUACAUGCGGCCAGUCCAUAUAAAUCAGGUUUCGUAGCUGAAAAGCCUGGGUGGAACUCUACCGGCAAGUCGAGGAGUAGGGGCAAGAAGUGGAGGCUAGCGGCCAUCCUGACGCUUGGACUUCUUGUUGCUGCAGCCAUUGUCCUUGGAAUAGUAUUCGGUGUUGUGCUCAAGCGCGGCGGCGAAGACAAGAAACAGGGGGAUUCCGCUGCUGAUGACAUGCAAAAUAAUGGGGAUCUCGACAUCAACUCCUCCGAGAUCCAGGCGCUCAUGAAUAACCCCGGCCUACACAAAGUCUUUCCGGGUAUAGAUUAUACGCCACUCAGUUCCCAGUACCCGGAUUGCAUCCACAAUCCUCCUUCGCAAAACAACAUCACUCGUGAUGUCGCGGUUCUGUCACAGAUGACCAACACAAUUCGGCUUUACGGCACCGAUUGUAACCAAACCGAGAUGGUCAUCCACGCGCUGAAGCAGCUGAAGCUCGACAACACGAUCAAGAUUUGGCUGGGCGUCUGGCAGGAUGGCAACACGACGACUAAUGAUCGUCAGCUCUCCCAGAUGUGGACAAUCCUCGACACUUACGGCGAGAAAUGGUUCAAGGGUCUUAUUGUAGCUAACGAAAUUUUGUUCCGCAAGGAAAUGACUCUCGCCAGUCUGAGUACACUACUCUCCGACGUCCGUACGAACCUUACUUCUAGGGGCAUGAAGCUACCAGUGGCAACCAGCGAUCUUGGCGACAACUGGGAUGAAUCACUGGCCAAAGUGAGCGAUUACAUCAUGGCGAACAUUCACCCUUUUUUCGGCGGCGUCAACGCCAAGGAUGCAGCAGCAUGGACCACGACUUUCUGGAAAGACCAUGCUGGCACCUUUAUGAAAUCAGACAAGUCUAAAAACAUCAUUAGCGAGACUGGUUGGCCGUCACAGGGCGGAUCGGACUGCUACCCGGAUACCAAAAGUACCAACUGCCCUGGUCGUGCGGUGGCUGGCAUUACCGAGUUGAACCAGUUCAUGAGCGAUUGGGUAUGCCAGGCACUCGCCAACGGAACUGAGUAUUUCUGGUUCGAGGCCUUUGACGAGCCAUGGAAGAUCCGGUUCAACACCAAGGACCAGCAAUGGGAGGAUCACUGGGGUCUCAUGGACGUGGACAGGAAUCUCAAGAAGGGAAUCAAGAUUCCGGACUGUGGUGGCAAGACGGUUGCCUGA